GUUUCCGCCAGCUUGCUUCAGCUUCAGUCGAGUUUCCAAGGAGAGAAAUAUCAGCCGCGCGCGGAGAGGACGCGCUUCAGCUCGGACGGGACUCCUCAGAGCAAACACCCACACACUCGGCGCUGACCUUUGACCUCUGGGACAUUUUGGGGUCCGGGCGGGAAGCUCGCGGACGGUGUAGAGCCGGGACAGGCUGCCAUGGCCCGGCCGAGGAAGAAAAGCUGCUCUGGGUGCUGAACAUGAAGCUCCGCGGGGGGAGACAGAGAGAGCACAGACUGCAGUAACACGGAGGGAGAGGAGGAACUUUAAUUCAGGAGAGAAGAAGAAGAAAAGGAGGAAGAGGAGGAUGAAGAUGGGAGGGAUAGUGGAGCUGCUGGGCAUCAGCUGGCUCCUCUUCCUCCUGCUGCUCAUUGGAAACGGUCACUGCAGAGACUCUCACCAGACCGAGCACCUGUCCUCCUAUCAGCUGGCUGUCCCUCAACCAAUCGGAGGCAGGCUGAGGAGGGACGUGAAUGGAAGACUGCCCAGUCAGGUGUCCUACAUCAUCAGUGUGGAUGGAAGCGACCGCGUCGUCCAUCUGGAGAGAAACGAGCUGCUGCUGCCUGCAGACUUCACCGUGUUCUCCUACAGUCCCGACGGAUCCUUGGUCACAUCCACGCCACCUGUCCAGGACCACUGUCACUAUCGCGGCUUCGUCCAGGGCGUGGAGGGCUCGUCCGUCGCCAUGAGCAUCUGCAACGGCCUCAGAGGAGUGAUGCACCUCAGUGGUGGCAGCUAUGGGAUCGAGCCGCUAGACUCCGCCCCUGACCAGCACCUGGUGUACCGCUUGCAGGAUGUGACAUCACAGCCCCGAGGGUGCCAAACGCCGCACUACGAGCAUGGCCACGACUCUACAGAGCGUGCUCAGUCCAGCUGGGAGGAGAUCCCUCACGGGCAGCACAGACGGGUGAGGAGAGCCGUCCUCCACAAGACGCACUACGUGGAGCUGCUGCUGGUGGUCGACAACGACAGGUUUAACUUCAUGAGCAGGAACGCGACGGCAGUGAGGGAGGAGAUGGUUCUGCUCGCCAACCUCGUGGACAGCAUCUACAUGCAGCUGAAUAUCCGGGUGGUUCUGGUUGGUUUGGAGAUCUGGAAUCAGCAGAACCAGAUCAGCACUGACGGAGCGGCCGGUGAAGUCCUGAAUCGCUUCACCCAGUGGAGGGAGAAGGAGCUGGUUCCUCGCCGCCGCCAUGACUCAGCACAGCUCAUCCUGAGGAAGAAUUUCGGGCAGACGGCCGGGAUGGCUUUCGUCUCCACCGUCUGCUCAAGGAGUCACGGAGGCGGGAUCAACGCGUUCAACAACAACCUCGUGGUCUCGUUCGCCUCCAUCGUGGCUCACGAGCUCGGCCACAACCUCGGCAUGAACCAUGACGACGGCCGACAGUGCACGUGCCCCACCGGUGCCUGCAUCAUGAACUCCGGAGCCACAGGGUCAAAGAACUUCAGCAGCUGCAGCGCCGAUGACUUUGAGAAGAUGAUCCUGCUGACGGGGGGGGCGUGUCUGCUGAACGUCCCGCGGCCUGACGAGGCCUACAGCGCCCCCUACUGCGGAAACAGGCUGGUGGACUUUGGGGAGGAGUGCGACUGUGGCUCAGAGAAGGAGUGUGAGGAGGACCCCUGCUGUGAGUAUCGGACCUGUAAGCUGAAGUCUGGAGCUCAGUGUGCGUACGGCGAGUGCUGCUCCAACUGUCAGUUCCUCCCGGGGGGAACCGUGUGUCGCGCGAGCACAGAUGAGUGUGACCUGCCCGAGUUCUGUAACGGCUCCUCGUCCUUGUGUCAGAGCGACGUCUUCAUCCAGAACGGGCAGCCCUGCAGGAACCAGGAGGCCUACUGUUACAACGGGAAGUGUCAGCACUACGACAGCCAGUGUCAAGCCAUCUUUGGAGACAAGGCGAAGGCAGCUCCUGAGCUCUGCUUCAAAGAAGUCAACAGCAAAGGAGAUCGCUUUGGCAACUGUGGCUACCUCAACAACGGCUUCAAGAAGUGCGAGAGCAGAAACGCCAUGUGUGGGAAACUGCAGUGCUCCAAUGUUCAGGCGAAGACGGUGUUUGGCAUCGAGCCGUCGAUCAUCAGCACGCCAAUCGCUGGAGGGAAAUGCUACGGCGUGGACUUCAUGCUGGGGUCGGACGUCCCUGACCCCGGGAUGGUGAACGAAGGGACCAAGUGUGGAGAGAACAAGGUGUGUGUGAACUUUGAGUGCCGCGGCGCUGACGUCCUGAGCUACGAUUGCAACGUGCAGACCAAAUGUCACGGACACGGGGUGUGCAACAGCAACAGGAACUGCCACUGCGACUAUGGCUGGGCUCCGCCCUUUUGCGAGUUGUCAGGUUAUGGUGGCAGCGUUGACAGCGGACCCACGUGGAACGAUAAGGACACGUCUCUCAGGGACGGCCUGCUCGUCUUCUUCUUCUUUGUCCUCCCGCUGCUCGCUCUCAGCGUCUUCGUUUUCCUGCGCAGGAACGAGCUGCUGCGGCGACUCGGGCUGAGCCGCAGGAAGAGGUCGCAGGAAUAUGAGGCUGACGGCAUGGCUUCAGCCAAUCACAGCAGGAGACCGCCUCCCAGAGCGCAGCCUCCAUCUGUUGCCCGGGGAAACGCCAAUAACAUCGUCAGAGACGGGCACCACGCUGAGCUGCUGCCAUCACAAGAGGUAGUGGAAACCAGCCGGACGGCUCCUUCCCAUGCUCUGAGGCCGCCACCGCCUCCUCUAAAACCGAAACCUUCUGCUGUGUCACAACCUCUGGUGCCUCAAAGAGCUGCGCCUGCGCCUCCUGUUUAACCAGUCAGGGGUCUUCUAACGACACCUGGAUGACCAACCCCCCCCUCCCCCAUGCUUAUCUUCAAACCCUUCCCAGCGAACUCAGAGCUAGUUCCUUAGCAACAGCCAGAAACAAUUCUGUAGCCACGAUAACCGCCAGCCGGCCAGACUGCACCGCCAUUGCAGUAAAAUGGAUCCAGGUGGACCGGACGAGGAACUUUAAAGAACCUACAGUAACCCAGCAGGUCCAAACUGGAGCCGCUGCUGUUCUCUAACCUAACCAGGCAAUCAGAUUCUCCUAAAAGCACGAGUUCUUCUGAUUGGAUGAUUUUAGGAGGCACGUUCUUCUGAUUGGUUGGUUUUACGAAGCCUGCUUAAGUAUUUUUCAAAUUUCUGAUUUAGUCAUGUGACCUUUCAAACAAAGUAUAACAAGUAUAGCAGGCCAUGUGGGCCUCUCUCUCUGAUUGGCUGGUUUGUAGUUGUGGGUGGAGCAUGCAUCUGAGCAAUGGUUUGUUUCUUUUCUGUCUCUGAAUGAAAACACUGAUAGCACCGCCCGUCUGCUCAGCACUAUUUUAGGAAUGUAACGCGCCCUUGUGCGGUUGUGUGCCGGUGCGUUUGGUUUCUGCCGUCUGGCUCGCCCUGCAUUCGCCUCCCUCGCUCUUCACAGAACUGUAAAUCUACGAUAUGCAAACAGCAUCUGAGCACGUAGCUCCUCUGGUCUUAGUUCAUCAUGCGUCAUGGCGCCGUCUCUGCAGGGAACGUACGCUCACCAGGCGAGGCUGCUCGGUAUGCCUCUACUGUCCAGGUAUUUCCACCAGUGGAAAUAUGAUUCUGAGCUUGCAAAGCAUUCUGGGAAACGUAGGCAGUCACAUUUAGUACAAGCAAAGUGGAUUAAUCAAAUAUGGAGGAUAAAGGAUUCCUAAUCAUCUGUUAGAAUUGAAACUAAAUGAGAUGAUGUGAGUUCAGACCUGCACUGAGAACAUGUUCACUGCAAGUCUGGGCUCAAACUGAACAGCAGUACCUACCAGCUCCACCCAACAUCGUUUCUUUCUUUCUUUCAAAGACUUUAUAAAACACUCUUAUUCCUGAUGAUUAUUAUCAGUAUGCCUGACUCAAUGGGGCUUUUUUUUUUAAAUCUGUCGCUCUUCUGUUAAGCUUGAAGCUUUUUGCAGAUCCACAUGUUCCUUCUGGGGGGACACAGACCCCCGUUUCACCAGUGUUUAAAAAAUGAAUUGUGUCCAGUGGAAGCAGAACUUUAGCAGAAACAUGAAAUUGGGUGUAGCCUGCUGAGCACUCACACUGAGAGUGCGUGACGGCGUCUGAAGGUGGAUCAAAGUCCUUUAAAUUCUCGGCAAUAAUGUCCCGAGAGCGUCCACGCUUCCUGUCUGGGUGAGCAGUGAUCACGCUGAACUCUUCCCGCGUUCAGGGCGUCUGAUUCAAACCAGGGAUUUUUACACCACCGGUGAACCAAAUGCUUGUGUUCUGCAGCUGACGAGCCUGGAUGCACUGUGCUGUGUAACCACGUUGGUAUUUUUAAAUGUCUUUUUUCACUUACUUUGCUCUUUUGAGGGUUUUUUGCACAGAAACCGAGGACUCCACUGAGGAUGUUGACGCGUCACUCACAGGGCUAUUUUAGUGCCAUUCGACUGUUCAUGCAAAAAAAAAAAUAAACCGUAGUCUGUGCUGAGCUCCUGAGUGAAGACAGUCGGACGCAGUUAUUUAAAGAGCUGAGAGCAGCUGAAGCUUCAGGUUACAGGCAGCUGCUGACGGCACCAUUUAAAGGGGACCCGUUUUUAUUAUUUCCACCUCUGCACUUUGUCAGAGUAGCUUUGUAUGAUUCACAACUUAAAAUAAUCCAAUUUUUUCUAAUGCAAUCAAAGCUUCACCUCACAAAGCUUAAAGUUAGCUUAGAGUAAUCUCCACGGUCCAGUUAGCUUCAGGGUGCAGAGUCAGUUUGGAGUUUGUGGGAUUACUUCGCUCAGAAUUUAGCAAAGUCUCUCCUCCUGCUUAAACGUGCUGAUGUGAAAGGUUUGUGGUGUAUAUACGUUUGAAAGUUUGGCCAUGUUAAAUAUGAAUUUUACAAUAUUGUAAAAUCAAAAGUCUUGGUGCUCGGCAGCCAUCUUGGUAAUUUAAAGUGUUUAUUUCUCCAGGUUACGCUAACUUUAAUACUCUAAUGAAAUUGGGUGAAUACAAGUACUUUUCCCAAAAACCCCAAACAGGUACAAGGUCUCUGUCAGCACAGCUGGUGGUCCAGGUGGGAAAAGCUUUAAGUGUUAUUUUGGGUCAGCACAGGCCAAAGUGAAGCGGUCCCCUUUAAAGCCGAUCAGCCAAUCAGACGUCCUCAGUGGGGUUACAUUCAUACUGAACCUGUGUAAAAGAUUUCAUUUUCUCUUAUUAUGAAUGAUUUUAUAGCAUUUCUUUUUGCUUUUCACCUGUAAUCUGUGGUCAUUUGAACAUUUCAUUAUUAACGUUGCUGUGUGGCGUGGAAGCCUCCGCGCUGACUGACUGAUGAUUUUUAUGAUUCGAUGGAUGAUCUCUCACCUGUUGGACAACUUCCUGUUUCCUGUUGGACAGGUUCAGGUAGUUACAGCCAAUGGAGCUCAAACUUGUGCUGCCUGCUGUGAAAACCAAACCUGGAAGAAUAAAGGUCCUUCAGCUGAACAUGAUAAUUUAAUAAACUCUGUUCAUACAGACUGUGAUUUGUUGGCUUUCAGACUUAAUAAAGGUGCACAGAAAAUGG